AUGUCCAUUGAAUUGGACUGGACAGGACUUGAAAAGUCGUUUGCUGAUUCACUUUGUGAGAGGCUCAAUGCGGCGUUGGCAGAUAUGGACAUGCCGACGUUCCUAGGACCUACGCGGGUUCAAGCUAUAGAGCUCGGCUCUGAAGGUCCGGACGUGCAAGUCAUUCACAUUGGCCACGUAUGGCGUGAGUUUCGGGAGGCAGCUGUGCAUGCAUCCUCUGCAAGUGAUAAAUACAACGCGCGCGCAACGACACCGCCCCGCAUGCCGAUGCGACUGCGCACGUUUCGGCAGUACGACGACAACGACUUGCCUACGUCUGUACAUGGCGGUGCUGAUGCCGACAGCAUAGCUAGCGAGCAUGAAGAAUCACUAUCCCGCUGGAGUGACACAGAGUCGGAGACUGGCACAUGUGAUUCAUCAUCGUUAUGGGAAGAGCAAACGCGUUUGAGCGAUAUCCCAUCGCUUCAAAUGCACCUGAGUGUGCAAUGGCUCACGUCGACGAUGCGCCUUUCACUCACGACAUCGCUGAAGAUCGCCUAUAAUAACGACACUAUAAUGAGCUUGCCGAUUAGCCUCGUGGUGACCGGCAUGGAACUGUUUGCCCAAGCUAUUGUAGCUCUAGACGGCGUGCAUCGCUGUGUCUACCUGAGUUUGUCAGAAGACUCGACAGAAGAAUGCGCGCCUGAUGGUCUUCGUGCUGUGCAUGACGCUCGUAUCCGCACACGGCACCAGGGGCAGCGGAUCUUGCCAUUUCUCGCGCUAGAAAGUAAGGUUGGCGAGUCGGCGAAGCAUGUGCUGGAAAAUGUUGGGAAAGUUGAGCGUUUCGUUGGCGAUAUGCUCCGCCAAUGGCUCGAAGAUGAGCUUGUAUAUCCCCAUUUUUACACAUUGUAUCUCUAG